AUGACUUUCAGCUACGCCGUCUACCCCGUGAUUUCAAGUGACCUCCCCGCGCUUGGAAACUUUAUUCACGCCGCCAAACUCGCCCUCAGCAUCAACCGUGUCAUUUUCCUUAAUUGGCCAAAUGAGAAACUUCAAAGUUCCCUCUACUCCCACGCCGUCCGCACCGGAUACGAGAAUCCUGCAGCUGAGUGUUUCAAGGCGGUCGACAUUGAAACCGGGGAGAUAAUUGGGUACAUUGUACUCUCGCGUAGAACGCCCGAGUCAAAAGACACGAUUUCACAAGGCGACGUCGAGCAGAGUGUUCCUGAAGGAUUAAACCCCCCGUUAUUCGCUGAGGUUACCAAUGCGACGAAACAGAUCGCAGAGGAGGUCAGCGACAAACAUCCCCUCGAUGUGGUUUACAUCUGUGUGAAACCUGCUUUUCAGAGACGUGGAGUUGGCUCAACUCUAGUCCAGCUGGGAGUUGAUCGGGCCAAGGCUGAAGAUCGUUCCCUGGUUGUCUGUGCAGAAGCACCUUCUAUUCCAUUUUUCGAGAAGCUUGGCUUCAAGGAGACCAUACAUGUUGAUAUGGAUUUGCGGAAAUACGCGCCUGCUAACAGUGGAUUUGGGAUUUUCCGUCUGGCUGGGAUGCUUUGGCACUCUUGA